AUGGACCAAAUAACUAAUCUAGAGGAAAUCAAAAGGCUUAUAAAGUGUAAAGAUCUAAAGGCCCUCGAUUCAGCUCUAUCUGGUUCCCAAAACAUAAGCGCUUCGAAACUCAAGGAACUUAUCAGCCUUUCCGACUCCAAGAAAGUUCAGACCCUUAUAGAGAGCAAGUAUGCAGAAAUUGCAUCCCAGAUGAAGGAAGAAGGUAAUAGCAAACAGAGAAAAAAUGAAGAAGGAUUCAUCGUGCAGGAAGCCGAUAUAGACUCUUCUUCAGCCCUCGACGAAGUGGCAACAGGGGAUUCACAAAAGGAUAGGUCUAUUAAAAUGUUCUUCGAUGCUUUUAAAACAAAUAUUUCAGAUUGCUGCAAUAGAUCUGCAGCUCUGCUUGCAAAGCAGAUAACUGUUGAAAUAUUUGGGCGAAGCCCGUCGGACAUUGCAAAGCUUGUAAGAAGCAAAUGCUUGAACUUAAAGGAUAAGAACAAUCCGGUUCUUUGCAGAAGAGUUUAUGAUGGAGAUAUUUCUCCUUCAAGGUAUGUAGACAUGACGUCGGAAGAAAUGAAGAGCGAAAAUCUGAAGAAUGAGGAAGUUAAGAUGAUAGAGGACAGUCUCUAUGAAUGCCAGAUUCCUACCCAGAAGGCAGAAACCGACAUGUUCAAGUGCAGCAAGUGCGGGGAGAGAAAGUGCUCCUAUAGACAGUUGCAGACGAGGUCUGGGGAUGAGCCCAUGACCACCUUUGUCACUUGCGAAUGCGGAAACAAAUGGAGAUUUUGCUAA